CUGGAGUCCAACAGUGGAGACUUAGAAAUUUAGAUAAAGAAAGAAAAAGACAGGGAGAUAUAAUUAACGACCAACAAAGAGAACUUCAAAACUGCAGGAUUGCAUACGAACAACGAUUUGUAGGAAACGCAAAAGCCCCACCACCAUCGUACCAACCAAUACCAAUAGUACAAAACAGCGUCACCGGAGGAAACACACCUUUAGUAAUCAACCCUUUUAGUAAUCUAUAUGCCGUCUCUCAAUAG